AUGGUUGUUGAAGCGGAGGGAUACGAGUCAUUGACAUUUGACGACCGAGAUGCAAGAAAUUACAUUGAGAGAGCUAGAAGGUUGAGGCUUGGGGAAGGUGAUGUCGAAUCACUUCAAAGUUAUUUUAUGAGGAUGCAAGCACAUAGUGAGAGAUUCUUUUAUGUGAUUGAUGUUGAUGAGGAGUUUCGCAUUAGAAACUUAUUUUGGGCUGAUGCUAGGAGUCGGGCGACUUAUGAAGCAUUUAGAGAUGUCGUUUCAUUUGACACAACGUAUUUGACGAACAAAUAUGACAUGCCAUUUGCUCCAUUUGUCGGAGUUAAUCACCAUGGACAAUCCAUUUUGCUUGGUUGUGGAUUGUUGUCUAGUGAAGACACUAACACAUUUGUUUGGCUAUUCAAGUCAUGGUUAAGUUGCAUGUCAAAUCAUCCGCCAAAAGCUAUCAUAACUGAUCAGUGUAGAGCUAUGCAAAAUGCUAUAGAAAUUGUGUUUCCGCAAGCUCGACAUCGGUGGUGCUUAUGGCAUAUCAUGAAGGAAAUUCCGGAGAAGUUGAAAGGAUAUGCUCAGUAUGAAGCCAUAAAGUUGGCUAUGCAAAAUGCACUUUAUGACUGUUUGACAAGAGCUGAAUUUGAGAGUAAAUGGGAAGAGAUGCUUGCAACAUUCAAUCUUUAUGAUAAUGAGUGGUUGGCGGUACUAUAUGAUGAGCGGAAUCGAUGGGUACCUGUCUAUGUUAAAGACAUUUUUUGGGCUGGCAUGUCAACUACACAACGAAGUGAAAGUAUGAAUACGUUUUUUGAUGGAUAUGUAAAUCCAAAAACUACAUUGAAGCAAUUCGUUGAACAAUAUGACAAUGCCUUGAGAAAUAAGGUAGAGAAAGAGAAGAAAGCAGACUUCAAGUCUCGACACAAAUUAUUUGAUUGCCUAACUAUAUAUGGUUUUGAGAAGCAAUUUCAGCAAGCCUACACCAAUGCGAAAUUCAAAGAAGUUCAAGGAGAGUUGAAGAGAUUAGUUUACUGUCAGGCGGUGAUUGUGAAAGAGGAGGGAUCAAUUUCUACAUAUAAUGUCCAAGAAGCGAUGGUAGUUUGCGAGAAGAUGAAGCAUGUGGACUUUGUUGUCUAUUUUAAUCAACUGAAUGUGAAGUUCAAUGCAUUUGUCGGUUGUUUGAGUUUAGAGGCAUUAUGUGUGCUCACUCACUCGCUGUGCUUGUUAGAAGAUGCAUAA